CAACCCACUGAGCAACCGCCAGGCUUAGCACGUGCUCUCCCGCCACUUUCGCGAAUCAAUUAACUUUAACACGCCCGCCGCGUCAUUCAUCCACCGUCUUUCAAAGCCACUUCACUUUCGGUCUCGCCUCCUGGGCUUCAACUCCAAAUGCAAACCCCUUUACCGAAGCCGAGCAGCGCAGGUCAACGCCAUGUCCGCAACCAGCAACAGCGCUGGCCCAAAGGCUAGCCUCGGCAAGCGCAAGCGCGGCGACAACACAAUCGGCGUUGAAUCCAUAGGAUCCACAGGAGGUGACGAGGACGACAAUCUGCAACCCGUCCCAGCAGGCGGAGAUUGUGUGGCACCACCACCAUCAUUAUCCUCAUCAUCAUCGCCAACCACAUCGCCAGCGCCGCCGCCGUCUCCUAAUAAACCCCAGGAUCAGAAGAAGAAGACGAAGAAGACGGAGAACAAGCGGACGCGAGUCGCCAAGGCAAAACCCGCCCUGCCCAAACCGGACCCUUCUACCUGGCCACCGGCCCUGCGCCGCCUCGAGAAGACGCACCGCGCCCUCAACCUGGUCUCCACCUUCCUCUCGGCCCGGCGGCACCUGGCCCCGACGCUCGAGACCCUCCGCCCGGCGGUCGAGCGCCACACGGGCGGUGCGCUGCUGGUCGAGGAUGUCGCGGCCAUUGCUGCGCUGCUCGGAGGCGAGGGAGGAGGAGGCGGGACGGUCUUCCGGUUCGAGUUUGUGGAACGAGGGGUGCUGGAGGCUUCUUUGGGCGGCGAUGCUGCGGCUGAUUAUGGGCGGAGGGGGGACUGGGAGGAGGUGGGGGGAGGAAAGGGGAAAGAGGGAGAAAGAGUGGGGGAGGAGGAGGAGGAGGAGGAGGAGCAGGUGCUGGUUCUGGAGUUUCUGGACGGGGAGCUGAAAUCGGAGGGUACUACCACUACUAAAGGUAAUAAGGGUGGUGGUGGCGGUGGUGGUAGCAGGGACCGAGAGCAGAGGAUGAAGAUGCCUGUGUUCAGCCAGGCGCAGAUGACGCGGUUGAUUGAGCGGCGCAACGCCAAGUUUGCACAAGCGGUGGAUGCGUUCGUGGCCAGGUGUGUCGGCGAGGGGCUGGACCCGGAGAUGGUUCUCUUGAGCGAGCGGGAGAGGUAUAUGCCCCGGCCACGGCGGGCGGCGACGCAAGUGGACGACGAGAAGAAGAAGAAAAUGACAGAUACGCUCCCGGAGACAAUACCGCGCGAGAGGAAGAGCAUUCCCGAGAUUGUGCGGGAGAUCAAGGAGAGUCCGUGGUAUAGCGGGCAGAUUGUGCCGGACGGGCACCGGGUGUUUGAGCCGCAAGAGGCCGUGUAUGGGGACUUGGACUUCCUGCUCAGCCAAGACCUCGUCAACGCGCUGUACAACGCCAAGGGCAUCACGCGCUUCUAUGCCCACCAGGCCGAGGCCAUCAACGCCCUGCACGAGGGGUACAAUGUCGUGGUGGCGACAUCGACCAGCUCCGGCAAGUCGCUCAUCUACCAGCUCCCGGUGCUGCACGCCCUGGAGCAGGACCGCAACACCAGGGCCAUGUACCUGUUCCCGACCAAGGCACUCGCGCAGGACCAGCGGCGGAGCCUGAAGGAGAUGAUGGGCUUCAUGCCGGGCUUGGAGGAUGUGCUGGUCGAGACAUUCGACGGGGACACGCCGAUGAAGGAGAGGAACACGAUCCGCGACGAGGCCAGGAUCAUCUUCACGAACCCAGACAUGCUGCAUAUCACGAUCCUGCCCCAGGAGGACAGGUGGAGGACCUUCUUGAAGAAUCUGAAAUAUGUCGUUGUGGAUGAGUUGCACUACUACAAUGGGCUGAUGGGGUCUCACGUCGCUUUCAUCAUGAGACGGCUCCGCCGCACGUGUGCGGCGCUGGGGAACCGGCACGUCAAGUUUAUUUCGUGCUCGGCAACCGUGGCGAACCCGGAGCAGCACUUCAAGACGAUAUUCGGAAUUGACGAUGUCCGGUUGAUCGACUUUGACGGGUCCCCUUCAGGCCGCAAAGAGUUCAUCUGUUGGAACACCCCGUACAAAGACCCCGGGGAUCCAGCCAGCGGUCGCGGAAACGCCAUGCUCGAGUGCUCGCGUCUAUUCUGCCAGCUCAUUCUCCGGGGCGUCCGGGUGAUUGCCUUCUGCCGCGUGCGCGAGCAGUGCGAGAAGCUGGUGGGCGCCGUCAAGCAGGAGCUCGAGGCCCUCGGCCGCGGCGAGGUCGUCGGGCGGGUCAUGGGCUACCGCGGCGGCUACACGGCGCAGGACCGGCGGCGGAUCGAGACCGACAUGUUCGAGGGCAAGCUCCUCGGCAUCGUUGCGACCACUGCGCUGGAGCUGGGCGUCGACAUUGGCACGCUGGACUGUGUGCUGACGUGGGGCUUCCCCUACACGAUCGCCAAUCUCCGGCAGCAGAGCGGGAGGGCCGGGAGGCGGAACAAGGACUCGCUGUCCAUCCUGGUGGGCGAUGGCUUCGCGACCGACCAGCACUACAUGCAGAACCCCGACGAGCUCUUCACCAAGCCCAACUGCGAGCUGCAGGUCGAUCUCAGCAACAUGCUCGUCAAGGAAGGCCACCUCCAGUGCGCGGCAUACGAGAUGCCGAUCCAGCCGGCGGAGGAUGCGGUCUACUUUGGCGACGAUCUGGCCCGCAUCUGCGAGGAGCGCCUCGUCAAGGACGACUCGGGGUUCUACCACUGCCAUGACCGGUUCCGGCCGCUGCCGUCGCGAUUCGUCUCGAUCCGCGACACGGAAGAAGACCACUUCGCCAUCGUCGACAUCACGCACGGCCGCAACGUCGUGCUCGAGGAGCUCGAAGCGUCGCGCGCAACCUUCACCAUCUACGACGGCGCCAUCUUCCUCCACCAGGGCGACACCUACCUCGUGCGGGACUUCAACCCGGACCGGCAGAUGGCGCGCGUCGAGCGGGUCAGGGUCGACUGGAUGACGUCGCAGCGCGACUAUACCGACAUCGACCCGGUCGAGACGGAGGCCGUCAAGCGGCUCACCAACUCGCGCUGGCGCGCCUACUACGGCUCGAUCCGCAUCACGCAGGUCGUAUUCGGCUACUUCAAGGUCGACCCCAGGCGCAACAACCGCAUCCUCGACGCCGUGCAGGUCGACAACCCGCCCGUCGUGCGCCACAGCAAGGGCAUGUGGCUCGACGUGCCCCAGCACGCGCUCGACAUCCUCGCCGCACGCCGCCUGCACGUCGCGGGCGCCAUCCACGCCGCCCAGCACGCCGUCAUGAGCCUGAUCCCGAACUUUGUCGUCAGCAUGCCCGGCGACGUGCGCACCGAGUGCAAGAACGGCCUGAAGGAGUUCGCCCGGCGCGAGACGCAGCGCAAGCGGCCCGCGCGGCUCACCUUCUACGAUGCCAAGGGCGGCGCCGGCGGGUCCGGGAUCAAUACGAAAGCGUUCGAGUUUGUGGACCUGCUGCUGAAGCAGGCGCUGGCGCGGGUGACGCGGUGCGGCUGCCACGCGGGCUGUGUCGAGUGCUGCGCGUCGGAGCAGUGCAAGGAGAUGAACGAGGUCAUGAGCAAGGCCGGGUGCGAGGUGGUUCUGAAGGCGCUGCUAGAUGAGGAGAUUGAUGUCGAGGCGCUGCCGAUGGGUCCCGAAGAGGGCGUUCCGGCCGGGGUCGAGACGGUUGUGUUGGCUAGCACGGUGUUGGGGAGGGAUGGGCGCGGGUUGGUUGUUGAUGACGAUGAUGAUGGAAGGGGGCCUGGCGAAGGAGGAUAGAUGGCGAGGGUGCACAAGAAAAUAGGAAAAAGAAGGGAAAGUUGAAAGGGUUUCGUGGAAAUGAAGCAUCUUGCAGAAGACGAUUGGCAAGAGUGAG